AUGGAAUCUUCAUUUACAUCCUUUCGAAACAACAAAUUUAUGAAAUGUAAAGGCGACUUUGCCAGGUCAAUUUCGAUGUCGCAAGUAUGCCAUUUGGUUAACCGUUUCCCUCCAUCCUGCUGGUUCCAUUUAUCUGCUUUCUUGCUAUCACUGUUCAAGUAUGCCAGCGUCGAGUGGGUCUGGCGGGUUUGGCUUGAUAACUGA